AUGGAGUUUGAAAGUGUUCAUUACUUUCUAGAGGGGAAAACCAUUUUAGUUACGGGUGCAACGGGAUUCCUAGCAAAACUUUUGGUGGAGAAGAUAUUAAGGGUUCAACCAAACAUAAAAAAGUUAUACCUUCUUGUAAGAGCAGGAAAUUCAGAAGAAGCUGCACAACGGCUGCACCAUGAGGUUCUGUCAAAGGAUUUGUUCAGGGUGCUACGAGGACAGUGGGGUGCAGAUUUUGUCUCCUUCGUAUCUGAGAAGGUGUUGGCUGUUGGUGGCGAUGUUUCUGUUGAGAACUUGGGAGUCAAAGACACAAAGCUCAGGGAAAAGUUGUGGGAAGAGACAGACACCAUAAUAAAUUCUGCUGCUACUACCAAGUUUUAUGAGAGAUUGGAUGUUGCGAUGGGGAUUAAUACGAUGGGUGCUCUUCAUGUUCUGAACUUUGCCAAGAACUGUAGUAAAUUACAAAUGCUUCUUCAUGUAUCUACAGCUUACGUAUGCGGUGAGCGCAAAGGACUUGUGGCAGAGAAACCUUUUCAUAUGGGUGAGACCCUAAAUGGGUCCUCAAGAUUGAACAUCAACUUAGAAAAACUGUUAACCGAAGAAAAAUUGAAGGAACUUGAAGCAGAAAAUGCCAGUGAAAAAACAAUCUCAUCGGUUAUGAAAAACCUUGGAACUAUAAGGUCAAACUUACACGGAUGGCCAAAUGUGUAUGUAUUUACGAAAGCAAUGGGGGAACAGAUUUUGAUGAACAUGAAAGGUGAUAUACCAUUGAUCAUUGCACGCCCCACCGUAAUACUCAGCACUCACUCUGAACCAUUUCCCGGUUGGAUUGAAGGUGUUAGAGCUAUGGACCUCUUUGUUGUAAUGUACGGUAAAGGAAAAUUAAGAAGAAGCGUUGGUCGUCGGAGUACAAUUAUAGAUGCGGCAAGUUAUCAAUUUAUUCAUUUUCUUUUUCUUUUUCUCUCAUAAUUUUUUAUUUGAAAACUGAAGAAUAAAUUGAAGUGAUUAUGUAUGCAGAUACCAGCAGACAUGGUGAUAAACUCCAUGAUAGUAGCACUUGAGGCUUGUUCAAAGAGUUGUUCUAAGACAUUGAUUUAUCAUAUUGGUUCUUCACUGAGAAAUCCAUUCAG